CCAUGAAGGAGUGUGCAGUCGUUGCGUUAGCUCACAAAUUUAAGUGCAUGGACAAAGUUUUGAGUUUUAUAAUAAAGUAUUGAAUCAUCUGAAGUAUUGAAUCACUAAAAAGAUACAAAAUUUACAUUGUCACAAGACAAAAUGACUCUUCUACGUUUGUGUGCUCGUCAAAAACGCACGCUCGACGAGUCACGCCGUCUAUUUUCGAAGUCAGUUAGAAUUUUGCAAAAAGAUGGCAAACCUGUCGAAGUCAUUAAAGGAAUUCCAUACAAAAACUUGACUAUCGGUGUACCAAAAGAACGUUGGCAAAACGAACGUCGUGUUGCAAUCACACCAACAGUAGCUGCUACAUUAGUCAAAAAGGGAUUUAAUGUGAAUAUUGAAGAAAAUGCUGGCUUGGAAGCAAAAUUUCGUAAUGACGAUUACGCAGCAACAGGAGCAAAAAUAGUAAAUGGCAAAAACGUUUAUAACAGUGACAUUUUAUUAAAAGUUCGAAAUCCGCUUGAACCUGAAAUCAAAGACUUGCGAGACGAAUCUACUUUGAUCUCGUUUCUUUAUCCGGGUCAGAAUAAAGCUCUAAUCGAUCAAAUGGCUGCGAAAAGAAUGACUGCUUUUGGAAUGGAUUGUAUUCCUCGAAUUUCGCGCGCACAAGUUUUCGAUGCUUUGAGUUCAAUGGCAAACAUCGCGGGAUAUCGUGCCGUUAUUGAAGCAGCAAAUCAUUUUCCGCGCUUCUUUACGGGACAAAUAACAGCAGCGGGGAAAGUUCCUCCUGCAAAAAUUCUCGUAAUUGGAGGAGGAGUUGCUGGAUUAGCAGCUUGUGGUCAGGCACGAUGCAUGGGAGCAAUUGUGAGAGCAUUUGAUACACGAGCAGCAGUGAAAGAACAAGUUGAAAGUAUGGGAGCAGAAUUUUUAACAAUCGAUAUCAAGGAAGAUGGUUCAACAGCUGGCGGAUACAGUAAAGAAAUGAGCAAAGAGUUCAUUGAAGCAGAAAUGGCUCUGUUUGCGCAACAAUGCAAAGAAGUUGAUGUCGUUAUUACAACGGCGUUGAUUCCGGGCAAAAAAGCUCCGUUGCUUAUAACAGAGGAGCAUGUGAAAUCAAUGAAACCUGGAUCAGUAAUUGUCGAUUUGGCUGCCGAAGCAGGAGGAAAUGUUGAAACAAUCGUACCUGGUCAAAUUAAAACGAUUCACGACGUGGUACAUAUUGGAUUAACGGAUUUUCCGAGUCGACUUCCAACACAAUCAUCAACAUUAUAUGGCAACAAUAUUUCAAAAUUCCUUCUUUCAAUCGGAGAAAAAGAGCAUUUCGACAUUCGUUUGGAGGAUGAAGUCGUUCGCGGUUCAAUUGUUCUAAACAAAGGCGAAUGGAUGUGGCCUCCUCCAAUAAUUUCCGUUUCAGCAGUUUCUUCAAAACCGCCAUCUGAAAGUAAAUCAGUUUCUGUAAAGGAAACGCUUCCUCCAAAUCCGUUUGCUGAAACAAUGAAAAGCAGUCUUAUGUACACAACGGGACUUGGAGGACUCGUUGGUUUAGGAAUUAUUUCUCCAAAUCCCGCAUUUACAACGAUGAUGACAACAUUCAGUUUGGCAGGAAUCGUCGGAUAUCAUACAGUUUGGGGAGUAACACCUGCAUUACAUUCACCAUUGAUGUCUGUAACAAAUGCUAUUUCAGGCAUUACGGCUGUUGGAGGUCUUUUACUCAUGGGCGGCGGAUUGUAUCCAACGAAUGCGAUUGAAGGGUUAGCAGCAACGGCAGCUCUUAUUUCAUUUGUAAACAUUUUUGGCGGAUUUUUGGUAACUCAACGAAUGUUAGAUAUGUUUAAACGCCCUACAGAUCCUCCAGAAUACAAUAGUUUAUAUGGAAUUCCUGCUUUGGUAUUUUUAAGCGGAUAUGGUUACGCUGCAAUACAAGGAAUGCCUGAAAUUCAUCAAAUGGCUUAUUUAGCAGCCAGUUUGUGUUGCGUUGGAGCACUCGGAGGGUUAUCAUCGCAGAAAACAGCGCGCUUGGGAAAUGCAUUGGGAAUUAUCGGUGUUACAAGCGGUAUUGCAGCUACUUUGGGUCAAAUCGCUCCAUCGCAAGAAGUAUUAAUGCAAAUGGGAGGCGUUGCUGCUCUUGGCGGAGCAUUAGGAGGCGUGAUUGCUAAACGAAUUCAAAUUACAGAUCUACCUCAAUUGGUUGCUGCAUUCCAUAGUCUUGUUGGCGCAGCAGCUGUUCUUACAUGUGUUGCAACUUAUAUGCAUGAAUUCCCGACACUUGCAAUGGAUCCAGCAGCUAAUGUUUUAAAAACAGCAACAUUUUUAGGAACGUAUAUUGGCGGCGUAACAUUCAGUGGCUCGUUAGUUGCAUAUGGAAAGCUGCAAGGAAUUUUAAAUUCAGCUCCAUUGAUGUUACCUGGAAGACAUUUGAUAAAUGGAGGAUUGCUUGCAGGAAAUAUUGCUGCAAUGGGAGCAUUUUACUUUGAACCAUCAUUAGCAGGAGGAUUAGGACUUUUAGGAGGAACAGCUGCAAUGUCAACAAUCAUGGGAGUAACGUUAACAGCUGCAAUUGGAGGAGCUGAUAUGCCUGUUGUAAUUACUGUUUUAAAUUCAUAUUCUGGCUGGGCUUUGUGCGCUGAAGGAUUUAUGCUCAACAACAAUUUGAUGACAGUCGUUGGUGCUUUAAUUGGAUCCUCUGGCGCGAUUCUCUCGUAUAUAAUGUGUAAAGCCAUGAAUCGUUCGCUUCCAAAUGUAAUUCUCGGAGGGUAUGGAACAUCAAGUACUGCAGGAGGAAAACCUGCUGAAAUCGUCGGACAACAUUCGGAAGUCAACGUUGACGGUGCUGUAGAAAUGAUACGAAAUGCGAAAAAUAUCAUAAUUACACCCGGUUACGGAUUAUGUGUUGCAAAAGCUCAAUAUCCAAUCGCUGAAAUGGUUGACUUGUUGAAAUCAAAAGGCAAAAAAGUUCGUUUUGGAAUACAUCCUGUAGCUGGUCGUAUGCCGGGUCAACUGAAUGUUUUGUUAGCAGAAGCUGGCGUGCCAUACGAUGAUGUUUUAGAAAUGGAAGAAAUCAAUGACGAUUUUUCUGAAACCGAUCUUGUACUUGUAAUUGGAGCUAAUGAUACGGUUAAUAGUGCAGCAGAAGAUGAUCCGAACUCAAUAAUUGCUGGUAUGCCUGUUUUGAGAGUGUGGAAAGCUGAUCAAGUAAUUGUUAUGAAGAGAUCCUUGGGUGUUGGAUAUGCCGCCGUCGAUAAUCCAAUUUUUUAUAAACCAAACACUUCAAUGUUGUUAGGCGAUGCGAAAAAGACUUGCGAUGCCCUUUUAAUGAAAAUUAAGGAAGCAACAACAUAAACAUUUGUUUUGAAAAACAUAAUGAAAAAUGCAUUUAUAUAUAAACCUGCCAAUUUAUUGAUAUUUACAAAGAAAAUGAAUGUUAUAAAGUUUGGAAAA